AUGCAUAUAAUACCGUCGUUUGUCCUUUGGACAUUCCACCUGUGCUCUCGGUGGAUCCACGGCUUUGCUGAUUUAUUACCUCACAACUCGGCAACUGAUACAGUCGGCAGCUUUACCGUUCAAACGGGAUUAUUGCACCCGGGAGGUAUGAAAUACUACCAGAUAGCCACUUGGGUCUGCAUCCCAUUGUUGACAUGUCACGGUGUCGAUGCAACAACCAAUUCGGCGGACAGAGGCCCGGAACUACAGUUUGAUGAGGACUCUAGCUUUUCUAAGACCUGGCAGGUACUUGGGCCCUUCGAGAUAGGAACUAGGGAAUCGUCUUGGGGUGCCGACCCACUGGAGGCAUAUGGUGGCUUUCAGGCUCUGAAAUAUGACCCAAAGGCCAGCUUUGACAGCUCCCUGGCACUUAAUGGCCUUGCAAAUUGGUCCAUAGCUUCAACAUAUGUCAACCAAACUGCUGAUCCAAAGGAGACUGUACUCCAUAUCAAUUUACCCCCAGAUAACUUGACAUCUCUCCAAGAAGUCUACGGGUGGGAUGCAAAGCAGUACCAAGCCUGGGCACGUGGAAAUCUGACCGUUUCAAAACCUGACUCCGUCGUCGCUUUGUAUACGGAUAGGAUCUGGGAAUACCGAAUUGACAACAAGUCGUACUUUGGUGGAGAUUUCUUUGGUUUCCGCAGAGCCCCACUUCUUCUGGACUUGACCCCUGGAGAACACACAAUUGACCUUCGUGUAGUCCGUGAUGUCAGGGCUCUUGGGGCCGUUGGCGAACCGUAUAUCAAUAUUACGCUUAUUGCACAAGAGUUGCCUAAAACCCUUGCAGUGGACAAAAAGAGUAUUCUCGUGGCGGAUGUUGUUGAAAAUCGGUUGAUUAGCCCAUAUGCUUCCGUUACCCUUCACAAUACAAUGGGAAACUCUGUUGAUGUGAUUGGCAUCAAGGAAAUUGACACCCCGGCCUCCGGCUUUUCUUUGAAUCUUUUAAACAACUCUGUGAAGCUAGAGGGGACACAAUCCCGCGCAGUUGGAUUCACAAUCGAGGCAAACAAUAAAACCAAUGUUCCAUCCUCAGUGUCUUUGUCCUUCGAAUAUAAGUUGCCUGGAAACUCCAGCGUUCAGGAGACGGAACCCGUGACCAUCACUUUUACACGACGGAAACUGUCAGAAGUCCAACAAAACACUUUUAUACACCCAGGAGGAGUGGUAUCUUAUGCCACUAUGCGGCCUCCAACAUCCUCCUUAUGCAAUCUAGGGAAUGGGACAAAACUCCCAGUAUUGCUAGGUCUCCACGGAGCAGGACAGGCCGCAAGUGAUGAGAUAAUCCGGACUAUGUUCGAUGGGAUAUCUGAUAUCUGCGCAUGGACUUUAUUCCCCAGCGGCGUAACUCCCUGGAGUGGAGAUGAUUGGCAUACCUGGGGAUUUGCCGACUUACAAAACUCAGUUCAAGCACUUAACGACUAUGUUGAUCACAGUGGUUGGACCGGAGCUGGGGUCAUUGACGGAGAUUGGAUAAUAGCUGGACACUCAAACGGCGGCCAGGGAACUUGGUAUACCAUCUCCCAUUAUCCCGAUAAAAUCAUUGCUGCUGCGCCUGUUGCCGGCUACACCUCGAUUGAGAAUUAUGUUCCAUACUCCAUGUGGCAUAACGCGGACUCUCUGUUGGCAUCUAUGUUUUAUCGAGCGCGUCAGGACUUUAAGCAUGAGCUUCUAGUUGAUAACUUCGCGGGAAUUCCCGUAUAUCAACAGCAUGGUGCCUCUGACGAUAAUGUGGUUGUAUACCAUUCUCGUCUGAUGCAUAGAUUGUUGCAAGAGAGUGGUUCACCCUCGAAGUAUCAUGAAGUUCCAGGUAAAAACCACUGGUACACUGGGAUCAUGACUUCCGACUUCCUCAAGGACUUUUAUUAUACAUAUGUCAAGCUCCCAAAUGCCACCGACCUUCUUCCCCCGAAAUUCUCGGUCAUUCUCUCGCCUGCGGGUAAUAUGGGCUCUAGAGGGGGUAUAUUUAUUGAUCAAUCACAUACUCCUGAUAAGGUUGGUUCCAUUGAUGUUGAGCGAGACCCGACAAACGGUGGACUCUGGAAGCUCAAGACACGAAAUAUCCGCCGUUUCCAUCUGGAGACCAGUGCAAUUAGAUCACAGGUUCCAUUAAAUAUUCAACUUGAUGGCUCCACUCAGUUCCCGGUCACUCCUAGCAACUCUACCACAACAUGGUACACGCAGGAUGAUGCUGGGAAGUGGACUUCUGGAGAUGGUUCAUGGCGUACCAUUUCACAGAAAUAUGGUAGACAGGCUGGUGUGAAUGCAAUCCUCCGCACACGAGCACCGUUUACCGUAAUUGCUACUACCAAUGAAACUCGGGAUCUUGCCCUGCAAACCUGCCGGAAUUUGUUCCAGUACCUGUCGGCUGAUUGUGUCAUCUCGUCCGUCGCACCCACUCGCAAUGCAACUAAUGCAGCAGGCAACGACGUCACCAUAUUGCUCGGUGCUUCGACAAAUGGGAAUGCAGACAGUAAUUCUGCUAUAUCUAUUUCGACAGAGUCGUUGGCCAUCAAGACCUCCCAGGGCACAACAAGUUACCCCUUCGAGACAGGCCUCGGUGCCAUCUUCAUACGACCCCUGGAAGACGAGCGUCUAGAACUGGUUAUUUGGGGAUACGAUAUGGCUGGCCUCCAACAGGCUGCUCGUUUGGUCCCUGUCCUUACCGGAGUUGGCCAGCCUGACUUCGUGGUCGUCAACAAGGGGACUCCAUUGAAGGGACAAGGUUCUCUCUAUGCCGCUGGCUUCUUCGAUUCUGAGUGGAGGGUAUCUGCGGCAUCCUAUGUCUCCUGA